AAACAUUUUCACGGUAGCUGGUGCAGGGUCGUGCCCGGUCAUUGCCAUGGCAGAGAGAGCAGCGCCAUUUCUUGCGCGAAGCAAGCGCUUGAAACCACAGAAUGUCUUUGGAUAUUGGCUGCUUGGCCGCGAUAGGCGAUAUGGGUCAGCAACUGGCUGGGUUUGUAGCAGUCUCGCUUGUGACGCUCAGGCCAGUGUGGUCUGAAUGCGUGCCGCUGGACGCAGCAGGCAAGAUAGAUCCCGUGCGCAUCUUGGCCUGGAAAGGUCUCAUAGUCAAGUUGGGUUAGAGUUCUAAGUCAGUGCGUGUGAAAGGGGCUGUGUGGCAAGGAGCAGCCGCCAACAUCAUCGCUGGCUGCAUUAUUGGAAUUCGGCAAACGUUGACGGGCAUUGUCAGCGCGACGCUGGUAUACACUGGCUCGGAGUUUUUGGAAAUCACAGAGAUGUUUCCCUUUGGCAUUUCUAUGAUGUGGUAUUCAACAAUGUUUGGCUCGGCAUUCUAUGCGGUGUUUGGCCGGUUGCAGUACAACACCAGUGCCACACAGGAAGUGUGUGCAAUCCUGUAUGGGGCCAUGGCGCAAAAUGCAGCCAUGGCACUUCACAGGGCAGGACGUCACAGCCAAAUUCAGCCUACAAUUCUCGCUUUGAUCGUUUCAGGGACAUUCCUCACAGGACUCUGCAGUGUCCUUCUGGGCAAACUUGGCGUUGGAAAACUGAUGCUACGCUUUCCAACUCCCGUCACCAACGGGUUUCUUGGCACCAUUGGGUUCUUCCUGGUUCGAACAGCGCUUCAAGUAUCUUCUGGUGUGCAAUUCCAGUACUUCUACCCAAUCAACUUCAAAGCCUUUUUUGCCCCUGGCAACUUUGCAAAGGUGCUAUGCUUGUUUGCCAUGGUGGCUUUGAUUCGGCAUGGGCCAGCACUGCUCGGAAAGGUGAUGCCAGACAGAUUGUUGAUGCUCACCGGCCUAUUUUGCCAGCUUUUCCCUUUGGCGCUGUUCUAUGUGAUUGUUUGUGUCGGCCGGAUUCCGAUGGAUGUGCUCAGUCAGACUGGCUGGACUUACCCAACCCAAGGCGCUCAAUCGUUUGUGAGCCUUUGGACAACCUAUAGUCUUUCAGAUGCAGACCCGAGCGUUUUGCUGGCCAACGUGCCCUCCAUGCUGAUGCUCAUGAUGAUGUCUGUCCUUUGCACCAUGACCGGCGUACUGGGCAUCACUGGGAAGUUUCCUAUGGGGCCAGACGGUGAUCCUUCUCCUAUGGAGGUGGUGGAUUUCAACGCUGAGCUUACCACAGUGGGGUUUGGUUCCAUUCUCACUGCUCUGUCAAAUGGCGUCGUCACCUUUCACCGCCUAGGAAGCUCUAUCCAGCUUCGCGUGGAUGGCGGCACACACCGCCUGGCAGUUCUCACUUCCUCCUGCUUCGUAGGCACCUUCUUCUUCACCAGCCUGCCCUUGGGCCACUACAUCCCCAAGUUUUUCCUGGGCGGCUUGUUCAUGGGCAGCGGCAUCAGCUUCCUGGAGGGCGCCUUCCUCUCCUUCCGCAGCUUGCCGCCUCAGAGGUUUAGGGGCUACCGGUUGCCCUCCCCGCAGUAUUGGAUUACUGUGGCCUGCAUCUUGGUGGCGGCCUGCUCUUCACCAUUCGAGGGCAUUGGCGCGGGCCUGGUGCUGAGCCUGGUGAUCUUUCUGUGGGACAGCUCUCAGUCCUCGCCAGUGGAAAGCAUCUCCACGGGCAGCCGCAUUGUGAGCCGCACCUUCCGGCCCAUCUGGGAGCUGGAGGCGCUUUGUUUGCAGGGCCAGCGGGUCCUGGUGCUCUACCUGCAGGGCCAACUCUUCUUUGGCUCGGGCCAGACCUUGGCGGCCAGCUUGGUGGAGGCCAUCGAGGCCAACCUCUCUGCCGACAGGCCGCCGCUGGAGUACUGCAUUCUGAGCUUCGGCAAGGUAUCGAACAUUGACGCAUCAGCAGCAGAGCAGCUGAAGCUGGCAAUAAGAAGAGUUGCUGAACACGGGUGCCAGGUGAUAUGCUGCCGGAUGAACUCCCAAGUCUUCGAUGCGCUUUCCGCCUUGAAGGUUGUGAAAUCACCCAACGCUGAUUUGCAGCAGCUGUUGGGUCUUGACGAUGACGUUGCCACGGAGGAUUCCGGGGAUUUCACAGAGCAGGUGCAGGCCAUGACGCCCUCUUCGCCAGCGCCCAACUCACCUGCGGGGCUCAACUGCUGGACCAAGCGCAAGUCUUUCGCAUCCCUCCACUCUGGGGAUUACGAUGCCUUCGACGAUGUGACAGAUGCGUUGGACUACACGGGCGAUCGCGUCCUCGAGCGCUAUCUUUAUUCUUCGCAGCUGAAGCCAUACAUGACAGAAUAUCGACAAGCCUGCCGCAGCGGUGCACGACUGGCUAAUGCUACCUUUGAGUCCAUGAACUUGCUGCCAGCAGGCUUCCUGGGCAAGAUGCAGCCUUUCUGCAAUGUCUCCCUGGGCCUGACCAGUGGGCAGCGCCUCGCAGAUCAGGAUGCUCUCUUCUUUGUUUUGCAAGGUGCUAUUGCGGAAGUUGAUGAGCUUUCUGAUGGUCCAACUGCCCAGGGCGUCAGCAUCAAGGGCUUCCAGGGUCGCCGGCAGAAGCGCCUGCGGAAGAGAUAUCCGCCCGGCAGCAUUGUGGGGAAAUACGAGUUCUUACUCAGUAGCUACCAGAGACUCUGCAACGCCGGUGGGACUCCUGGCCGAGUGGUUUCCAGCAAGUUUGGCUUCACCUCGGAGGUCUGGGUCUUCGCUCGUGCCUCCUGGAAGGCAAUCCCGCAGGAGCUGGCUUCAAUCCUCACAGAUUUGUCGCAUAGACAGCUGGCCGAGGAGCGGCAGCAUUCCAUACUGAGUGACAAUUGAUUUAAAGUUCUCAGUGCAGCCCGGUUGAGCCGCGGCAAGUGCAGUGUGUGCGCAGUUGGCAGCAUGGCGGGGUCAAAGCGGCCUUUUGCCGCUCGCUUUUGCUCUGAGCUAAAAAUGCGGAUUUGACGCUACUCAGAAUGCACUGCUGCACUGUGCGGCUUGCUCGGAGCAUGCGCGCUAGGGCUGGGCCCGCUUUAGAGCCACAAAGAAGGGCUUUGGUGAGCAACGGGAGGUC